AUGAAUUCGAGGGGUGAUCCUGGGGAUGGCUAUUUUCGAGUUCCUCUGGAGAAUCAAGCUCAACGGGAGAUUCAAUUCAUGGGUUCUUGGCUUCCGGUUCCACCCAUGAACCCCCUGAAAGGUAGAUCAAGUCUAGUCGUAGAUGAGAGAGCGAUUCACCAAGAGCUAAAUAGGGUUCCAAGUGGUGGAUACGGUGGUGUACAUUACGCACUGCAGGGGAUGGAUCAAAGUGGGGUUUAUGACCAUGGUGCUCAUCAUGCGGUGUACAACGGAAACAUGUCUAUCAAUAGCUUAGCAGGAUCAUCAUUUGCACAGUUCAGGAGUAAUGGUGAGAGAGAAGAUCCUUCAGGCAGGACUAAUGCAGCUUCUCCUUUAGUACCAGUUGUUAGAAACACAAUCGGCAAUGGAAAUUUUACUGCAGAGGCGGGUGUGCUAAACGGUUCUUUCACCCAGAGUGACUACAGUGAGUUUGAAUUGGACGACUUGUUGGAUGCCACCGAUCCGAUCAACUUCACAAGCCUGCUGAGUUGUGGAGAUAACUUAUUCCAGGCUCCUCAAUAUGGAACUCCAGCGUGUAGCAGGCCACUCUUCAAUUUGAAUUCACCGCCUAGAAGAGAAGAAGCUGAGUCCAUCUGUGAAAUUUCUUUUCAAUAUGUACCGCCAACGCCCAAUCUUUGCAGAACAGGCCAAGAGAAUGGAUUUCUGGAAAAGAUAACUACAAUCAGUGGACAUGAAAACACAGAGGAGAAAUCUGAAAAAAGCAUGCAGAGCAUCGGCUCAUCUGUUGUUAAUUCGGCAGAAGUUAGCAAACAAAAGGAAGGCAGGCAAGAAGAUGAUCCGUGGGUUGAUCUUAACAAGACACCUCACCAGAAACUCUCCAAAAGGAGAAAGAAGUUCAUGCCAAAGGUGGUCGUGGAAGGCAAACCUACAAGGAAGCCACGCAAACCUGCAUCUCAGGAAAACGUGAAAGGUAAAGAGACCGGGAGUGGCAAAAGGAAGAAAGCUCAAAAUACAAACCUGAAAGAAUCAGCAACUAAAAAGCCAGCCGUUACUGGAAACAUGAGCAACACAAGCCCUGAAGUUACACUCAAAAGUUGCAGAAAAGCUUUGAGCUUUGACUUGGAGAAAAAUGGAGAUGCGAGGCAAGGUGACCCUGAGUCUGAAAUUGUCCAGAACACUAGUGGCUCAAGCUCACUUUCUGAGAUCAGAGAUGCCGCUGGUGGUAGCUGUGUGGAUUCAGUAACAAAAACAAACCAGACCAAUGGUUUGGUGGCUACGAACCAGCCACUUGAAGAAAACCUACUCAGAGCAUCCCAACCAAACCAUCCUCAUAUACCUGUCAGAGACCAACAACCUGAAUUAUCGAUUGGAAACCAACAAAGCCAGUUCCCAGUGGUAUCCCAGAUAGACAUCCAUCAAGCUUGGCUUCAGAUGACAAACGACCUUGGCUUUCCGUUCGGUAACCAGCUACCUGACAUGGCCAUAAGAAACCAGCAGACUCGCUUGGCCAUGGGUAACCAACAACCUAUGUACCUGACAGGAAUCCCACGACCUGCAUUGGCGAGUGGAAACCAGCAAUCCGGAAGUCUCAAAGGGAACAAGGGGCCUAUGUUUUUCAAUCAGCAAACACAACCGACUUACUUACCUGCUGUAAAUGAACAAUAUAGAUCACUAGCAGGCAUGCAGCAGCUUGUUAUGUCAACUGGAGGGCAACAACAUGGACUACUUAUGAGAAACCAGCAACCUGGAUCAUCUUUGAGAGGCCAGCAGCCUUUCGUGCCUCUGAUGAACCAGGAACCUGUAACCCGGAAAGGUUUUACUCACUUGAAUCCGAUGGUAGCUGCCAGCAUGUCAUCGCCUGGGCUUCGACCUCAUUCUCAAUCACAAACUCCCGCAACAAAUCUGCAAAUGGAAUCUGUUUCCAGAAGUUUGAAUGGGACUGCAGUUAUGGCUAAACUUGACGAAGCCAGGGGCUCGAAAAGACAGUAUGAUCGUGUGAUGCAAAACCAUGAUCUGAACCCAGUGCUCCAACAGAUUGCUCAAUCACAUGAUGUGGAGAGACAGAAGAGCAGUGCAGAACAUUUAGAUGCUGCAAAGAAAAUGAAAAUCCAGAAAGUAGUCCAAAAUUCUGCAGAUAAUGAGAAAUCUGUUGUCCUAAAAACGCCCGCAAAAAGGGGUCGUCCUGCAAAGAUAAAGAAAUCAGUAACUUCACUUGCUCAGGCCUCAGAUCUCCAGCCUACUCUUACCAAGACACCAUCAUCAAGAAGUAAGGCUACAGAUAAUGGGAAAUCUGUUGUCCUAAAAACGCCCGCAAAAAGAGGUCGUCCUGCAAAGAUAAAGAAAUCAGUAACUUCACCUGCUCAGGCCUCAGAUCUCCAGCCUACUCUUACCAAGACACCAUCAUCAAGAAGUAAGGCUACAGAGAAAGGGAGGAAGUCCAAACAAGAUCCGGGAAAAGCAAGAGGUUCACCAGGAGAACUUCUAUGCCAAGAUUCUAUUGAAGAGUUAAUAUACAGGUUGCAUAAUCUUAUUCUAGGAGAACAAGAGCAAAAUGCACUAGUCUUAUACAGAGAAGAUGGUGCAAUUGUUCCAUAUGAGGAGAAGAAGCAGAAACCAAGGCCUAAAGUUGACCUUGAUGAUGAAACAACUCGGAUAUGGAAUCUACUGAUGGGGAAAGGAAAGGAUGACGAAGACACGGAUAAGAAAAAAGAGAAGUGGUGGGAAGAGGAAAGAAGAAUUUUCCGAGGGAGGGCCGAUUCAUUCAUUGCCCGUAUGCAUUUGGUUCAAGGAGAUAGACGGUUUUCGCCAUGGAAGGGAUCGGUGGUUGAUUCUGUUAUCGGUGUUUUCCUUACGCAGAACGUCUCGGAUCACCUUUCAAGCUCUGCUUUCAUGUCAUUAGCGGCACGAUUCCCUCCAAAAUUAAGCAGCAACCGAGAAGAAAAACGGAAUAUUAGAAGCGUAGUUGUUGAAGAUCCAGAGGGAUGCAGUCUGAACUUAAACGACUCCUCUCCGUGUCAGGAAAAGGGUCAACAUCCAUCUAACACACAAGUUUCUGGCGUUGAUAGCGGAUCAAAAGAGCAACAACAGGACUGUUCAAACUCUGGAGUCGAAAGAUUUAGUUUCUUCGGGAACAGUAGCCAGAAUGUAGAAGAUUAUUUUGAUCCUGCGGUAUUUCAAUCAUGCCGAGUAGUUGGAUCCUGUUCAGGUUCUGGUGAUGCUCAGACACCAGAAACUGCAAAUCUCGCUCAGAAGAGAAACUGGAAGGACUCUCUCUCUUUUGGUCAGCCAAGCAGUGAUACUAAUUGGCCAAGAGAAGGACCGACCAAUGUUUCCAGCAGCUGUAAGCAGAGUACGAUUCGGCAACCACAAGUACUAGAUAUAGAGGAUUUUGGAAUGCAAGGUGAAGGCCUUGGCUAUUCUUGUCUGUCCGUUUCACCAAGAGUUAGCAAAGGAAAGAACAACAAGGUACCUCGCAGAGUGGUCAGACAAGGUGGAAAUUCUGCACGAAAAUUCACAGGUCAAAUCAUACCACCAACGCCUCAGGAACUACCAAGAAUGGGAUUGUCUACUUCCUCAAGCACCCACCAAAAGCACUGUGGUGAUUGCCAACAUAAUCAUCAAUGUGGCAGUAGAAGUCUGGAGAAGCAUACAGAAAUCGAAUACAAGGAGACAAAUUCAACUGUGAUACGAGAGAUGAAAGGGAAGCUUGCUGAUGGGAAAAAACCUACAAGCCAGUGGGAUAGUCUCAGACAAGAUGUAGAGAGGAAUGGAGGGAGAAAGGAACGAACCGAAGACAAUAUGGAUUCCAUAGAUUAUGAAGCCAUAAGAAGUGCUAGUAUCACUGAGAUUUCCGACGCCAUAAAGGAAAGAGGGAUGAAUAACAUGUUGGCAGUGCGGAUUAAGGAUUUUCUUGACCGGAUAGUUGAAGAUCACAGUGCUAUUGACCUCGAGUGGCUAAAAGAUGUUCCUCCUGACAAAGCGAAGGACUAUCUCUUGAGCAUAAGGGGAUUGGGUUUGAAAAGUGUAGAAUGUGUGCGACUCUUGACACUCCACCAAGUGGCUUUCCCUGUGGACACAAAUGUAGGAAGGAUAGCGGUUAGGCUGGGCUGGGUGCCUUUACAAACUCUACCGGAAUCACUUCAGUUACACCUUUUGGAGCUGUACCCAGUGCUUGAGUCCAUCCAAAAAUAUCUUUGGCCAAGACUCUGCAAACUCGAUCAACGAACAUUAUACGAAUUACAUUAUCAGCUGAUAACUUUUGGAAAGGUAUUUUGCACCAAGAGUAGACCAAACUGUAACGCAUGUCCGAUGCGAGGAGAAUGUAGACACUUCGCCAGUGCUUAUGCUAGUGCAAGACUUGCUUUGCCGGCACCAGACGAGAGGAGCUUAACCACUGCAACUGUCCCGGCCCCUCCUGCAGCCAUCCCGAUGAUGCAUCUACCUCCCCCUCUUGACAAAGCUCUAACAAGGGAAACACCAUCGAAUGGAAGAAACUGUGAACCAGUUAUCGAAGAGCCGACCUCGCCAGAGCAAGAAUGGACUGAGAUAACAGAGAGUGACAUUGAAGAUGAUUACUACGAUGAAGACCCUGAUGACAUCCCAUCGAUAGAACUCAACAUUAAACAGUUCGGCAUGACUCUAAGGGAGUACAUGGAGAAAAACAUGGAUCUCCAAGAAGGUGACAUGUCCAAGGCUUUGGUUGCUUUGAAUCCAGCCACUACUUCAAUUCCAACGCAGAAACUAAAGAACAUUAGCCGUCUCAGGACAGAGCACCAAGUGUACGAGCUCCCGGAUUCACAUCCUCUACUCCAUGGUAUGGAGAAAAGAGAUCGAGAUGACCAAAGUCCUUAUCUCCUAGCUAUCUGGACACCAGGUGAAAUGGCAAACUCCUCAGCUCAACAGGAGUGGAACAGUCAGACAAUCAAAGGAACUCUUCUGAUACCUGUACGAAGUGCCAUGAGAGGAAGGUUUCCACUCAAUGGAACAUACUUCCAAGUUAACGAGUUUUUCGCUCACCAUGAAUCCAGUCUCAACCCCAUCGAUGUUCCUAGAGAUUGGAUAUGGAAUCUACCAAGAAGAACAGUUUACUUCGGUACAUCGGUAACAUCAAUAUGCAGAGGGCUUUCAACUGAGCAGAUACAGGAUUCCUUCUGGAAUUGUUUCGUCUGUGUCCGAGGAUUUGAAGAGAAGACCAGAGUACCUCGUCCGCUGGUGGAAAGGUUGCAUUUUACGGCGAGCCGAUCCAAGACGACCAACAAAGGCCAAGACAAGAAAACGAAAUAG